AUGGUUUCCCAAUUCCAUCUAUUGCCUCAAACAUUUGCCAUAACAUUCUAUGUUCUUGUAUGCAUAUUUGUGAGCGUUGAGGCAGCCAUUACAAGCAUUGCCACGGACAAGGCGGCUUUGAUCUCAUUCAAGUCAGGGGUCAGUCUCCCUCCAUCUUAUUGGGACCAAAACUCAUCUCCAUGCACCAACUGGACUGGAGUUGUUUGCAACAAACUUGGCAACAGAGUUGUUGCUCUUCAUCUUUCCGGCUUGGGACUUACAGGCUCCAUAAGCCCUCACAUCGGUAACCUCUCCUUCCUCCGUUCCCUUCACCUUCAAAACAACAAAUUAACAGGAAACAUUCCCUCUCAAAUUCUCCACCUUUUCCGCUUGAAAUCUCUAAACUUGAGCUCCAACACCAUUCAAGGUCCACUGCCAUCAAACAUGACCCAACUUAUUGCGCUCCAAACACUUGACUUGGCCUCAAAUAACAUCACAGGAACUCUUCCUGAAAAUCUCAGUCGCUUGAAAAAUCUUCAAGUCUUGAAUUUGGCACGAAACAAUCUUCAUGGUACAAUCCCAUCUUCCAUAAGCAACCUCUCAUCCACCCUCACACAUUUGAACUUGGGCACAAAUAGUCUCAGUGGUAGGAUACCGAGUGAAUUGGGUUUCCUUUAUAAACUCGAGGAACUUGAUCUUGCUGUUAACCAACUCACUGGGACUGUUGCCCUUUCCAUAUACAACAUCUCUUCUCUAGUUUUAUUCACCGUAGCUUCAAACCAACUAUGGGGUGAGAUUCCAAGCAAUAUUGGUCACACACUUCCAAAUCUUCUAUACUUCAGAAAUUGUAUCAAUCAAUUCAGGGGAAAAAUUCCUGCUUCUUUGCACAAUAUCUCCGGUAUUCGAUCAAUUCGCUUGGCCAACAACUUGUUUGAAGGAUCAGUUCCACCAGGCCUUGGAAAUUUGCAGUUCCUUGAAAUGUACAACAUUGGUUUCAAUCAGAUCGUUAGCUACGGCGACGAUGGUCUCAGUUUCCUCACUUCCUUGACAAACAACACCCGUCUCCAAUUCCUUGCCAUUGAUGAUAAUCAUUUGGAGGGUGUAAUUCCAGAGUCCAUUGGCAAUCUCUCUGGAGUUAUCAAAAAGCUGUACAUGGGAGGGAACCAUAUUUACGGACACAUACCCUCCUCAAUUGGUCACCUCAGUAGCUUGACUUUGCUUAAUGUAAGCUACAAUUUGAUCUCUGGUGAAAUCCCACCUGAAAUAGGCCAGCUGAAAGAUUUGCAAAUGCUUGGUUUAGCAGCAAACAAAAUGUCUGGCCAUAUUCCAAACUCCUUAGGUAAUCUCAGAAUGUUGAACAACAUUGAUUUAUCCGGAAAUUACUUUGUUGGCAAUAUACCCUCUUCUUUUCCCAACUUUCAGAAGUUGCUUUCCAUGGACUUAUCCAACAACUUGCUCAAUGGAAGCAUUUCUAGAGAAAUAUUUCUAAGCCUCCCAAGUUUGAGCACCAUUCUGAAUUUGUCUAACAACUUUCUGAGUGGACCUUUGCCUGAAGAAAUUGGGCUCCUAGGAAAUGUGGUCACUAUAGACCUCUCCGACAACCGCUUCUCUGGAUCCAUUCCCAGCUCAAUCGGAAAGUGUUCAAGCUUGGUGGGAUUGUUCAUGGUCAGAAAUACACUUUCUGGUCCUCUUCCUAAUGCUCUUGGAGAAAUGAAAGGUCUUGAGAUUCUAGACCUGUCCUCAAACCAGCUUUCUGGGUCCAUUCCUGAUAAACUUAAAGACCUACGAGUUCUGCGCUACUUGAACCUCUCCUUUAAUCUCUUAGAAGGAGUAAUUCCUAAUGGUGGAAUAUUUGUUAAAAAUAUCUCUAGUGUCCAUCUUGAAGGCAACCCAAAGCUCUGCCUACAUGUUCCUUGCGUGGAGAGUGCUGCAAGUAGUCAUAGGAGAAAAGUACUGGUCCCAGUUACAAUAAUAUUGGGAAUAUUGGCAGUAUGCACUAUGGGUGGUUGUUUGCUCUAUGUUAGGAAAAGCAAAGCAAGAGUUGCAGCAACUUCUGAUUUAGUAGUAAAAGGGCAGCAUCGAAUGGUCACAUAUGAAGAGCUCCGUGGGGCAACCGGAAAUUUCAACCAGGAGAAUUUGAUUGGAAGUGGGAGCUUUGGGUCUGUGUACAAAGGGUGUCUACGAGAAGGAAUUGAAGUUGCACUGAAGGUGCUUGAUAUAAGAAAGACAGCAUCCUUGAAGAGUUUUUUGGCAGAGUGUGAGGCACUGAGGAGCACAAGGCACCGAAAUCUUGUUAAACUGAUCACAUCAUGUUCCAGCUUGGACGUUAGGAACAUGGAGUUUCUGGCUUUGGUUUAUGAGUAUCUGAGUAAUGGGAGCUUGGAAGAUUGGAUUAAGGGUAAGAGAAAGAACGCAAAUGGAGAUGGAUUGAACAUUGUGGACAGACUCAAUGUGGCCAUUGAUGUUGCUUGUGGGUUGGAUUAUCUGCAUCAUGAUUGCGAAGUUGCAGUGGCACACUGUGAUUUAAAGCCCAGCAACAUUCUUCUGGACAGAGAUAUGACUGCGAAAAUUGGAGAUUUUGGGCUGGCCAAGUUGCUGAUAGAAAGAACUGGCAAUAACGAUCUCAGCUCCACAAAUGUCCUAAAGGGAUCCGUAGGAUAUAUGCCCCCAGAGUAUGGUUUUGGACAAAAACCAUCGACAGCCGGAGAUGCAUACAGUUUCGGAGUGGUGCUGUUGGAGCUGUUUACUGGAAAAAGCCCAACCCAUGAAAAUUUCACAGGAGAUCAAAACCUUAUCAGAUGGGUGCAAUCAGCCUUCCCUGAAAACAUUGUACAAGUACUAGACUCUGAGCUGCUACACCUCAUGCAGCAUCUGCCUAAUGAGGGCCCAAUUAAUAUCAUCCCCGAAGCAGAACGUAAUUGCCUGAUCUCAAUUAUGGAGGUUGGGAUCUCUUGCACUUGUGCUUCGCCUGAUGGACGCAUUGGCUUGAGGGAUGCCCUUCGCAAACUGGAAACUGCUAGACGAACCCUUUUCAAACAUACUCAUGUCUGAAAGUGCCACUUAUUAAUUUCAUAAUUCAACGUCUAAUAACCGGCUUGCAACUCAAGUGGUUAGAGCAACAUGUACUCCUAUAGCCGAGGUCAUUUGUUUGAUUCCCUCUUCCUUAUUUAUUGCUUGUAUCAAAGAAAACAUUUACGUUCUGAUAA